AUGUUAAAGACGCGCAAAUGGCAUUCCCUCAGCCGACACGCGGAGUUUUACAUCACUGUCCGAGGAAGCCUGCUAAGAAAUCGCCCAAUGAACGAUCGUACAAUUGGAAACUGGACUCAUGAACCGGAAGAGCGAAAACUCAUCAUUUGGUCCCAUAUAGGGAUGUGGUAUGAUGAAGUACAACUCUACAAUCGUCUGAUUGAUAUCAUAAUUAACCCUAAGCUCAAGCGUGGCGCCAGCCACGUGCACUUGCACACACUAGUUGAAGCCGUUGAGUUGUAUAUACCGGAGUUGCUCCACGUACCAAAUACUGGUCUCUUGCACUUUGUGCUCGUACGACAUAUUUUGAAUUCAGAUCUGCAAAGCUUUGAGCAUCAUGUUCGCACCCAAUGCUGCUUGGGCUUUAUAGAAGGAACGAUUGUCUUCCGUCUACCGGUCUACCAAGUGGAGACUAAGCUAGGGUACCAACGAGAGGGGCUCCAAUGGUCAAUGGAACAUGCCUACCCCAAGAGGACAAUGAACGGGGGUUUAUUUUUUCACAAAAAAAGAAGGCCGCCUGCGGAGAAAAGAGGCUGGGACUUCAUGGUGAGAACCGUUCUGUACGAGAUAUGGUUGAAUCGCAAGGAUUUAUCUCGAUCGACAUUCUGGCAUGUCGUUGCACCAGAAACUGAACAGAUCACGACCUUGCUAGAUAACUGCCUAGCCUCGCAGACAUUUUGCUAUGCUUGGCGAAAUGGGUCAAAGGCGGAACCGAAGCAAAUGCGCCCCGAACAUACAGGAGCGUGCAUAAGCAACCUCUGGGGUUAUGCUGAAUCGUUGACACUUGGAAGUCGGGCGUUGAUGGUUCCUACGGAAUGGAAUUGCGGAUAUUUCGCGGAGGUCAAGUUGCGUAAUUGGGUCUUCAAUAGGGGGAACGACUUGAACGCUGUUUCUUCGUCUACUGGUUUGGCUAGCCUGAGGGGAGAUUAUAUUUGA